AUGACAUUCCAACUUGGAGAGUCAAAUGUUGAACUUACAGCUAACGAAGCGCACAGAAAGAUUCAAGACGAUCUAUUUUAUGAUGUUUUUGAAACUGAAUAUGAAAGAUAUCUUGACUAUUUAAAACUUGAUAUUAAUGAAUGGCACCUCCUUUACAAACAAUGCAGAGAAAAAGAAAUGAAAUUCGGUACUAUUGAACAUGCCAACGUAGAUUUAGCAAAUAAAGUCGAAGAUUUUAAGGCAUUCCUCGAUACAGCUUACGGGUUUCAACAUGCAACUCCACUUCUUACUAUUCGUAAUGAUUUGGAUGAAGUUCUAGUCAAUAAUACUGAACAAAUAAUUCAAAACCAUAAGUUAGAAUUAGAAACUGCCGAAAACGAAUUCCGAGUCUUAAACACUGAAUACAAUGAGAAAAAUACCGAAAAUAAUAAUUUGAAACAGGAAGUUAAUCAAAAGAAAGAGGCAGCGAAUGCAAAAGCAGCUGAGUACCAAAAACUACAAGAUGAAUGUGAGCGCAAAGAACAAUUAUACAAAAAAAAUAAAAAAAUUAUAAUUGAAAAGAGAAUUGAGUUAGCUAAUAGCAAGCAUGAUGCAAACCUAGCCCAAGAAGAGUUAGAUUUUACAAAUGAAGAGAAAGCCAAGUAUGAAGAUACAGAUGGCGAACCAUGUUGCUCACACCUCUCUGUUUUACUCGGUGGUUUUCAUCAAAAAUAUAUUAGUACGUUUAGAUUAACCCUUUACACUUUAAUAAUUUUACUUGGCGCAGUUUCAAUUUCCGGAAUUUUCACUUGUGUCCAUCCAUUUGAAAAUGACACCGAUUCCAAGUAUUUCUUACUAUUUUGGUUCUUACCUUACAUUGGAGCUUUCUUAUCUUGUGCAUUAUUUGUAUUUACCAAAAGACUCUUGGAUAAUAAGAAUUUUGACACCAUAUUCUUUUUGAGUGAUCGAAGGGUACUCAUUUCGAUACUUAAUUUGGUCCUUAUUGGGUUAAUAAUUUUAUAUUAUUUCUUCAAUACAGAAAUGGCAGCAUGCUUAGUUAUAAGAGCAUUUCAGGGACUUAUUGUUGGGUUUUUAUCUAUUGUUUAUCCUGUUUCGCUCUUCCAACUCGGAAAAACAAAGCAACCUUUGUAUUUGUUUUCAUUUUUCUUAGUUUUUCUUGCAUUCGGAGUCAUUUUUUGUGUCCCAUUACAACAGAAGUGGCCUCUUUAUAUUGUUAUCUUCCCAGGCCUCCAAACAAUCCUAAUCUGGUUCAUAAGCAAAAGCUCUUUCAACUUUGUCAACUUGAAAUUCGAAUUUCGAGUUGAUUUUAAGUUCCAUUUAGAGUUUCUUGUCAUAGGAUUGCAUAUUCUUCAGCCAUUCCUCGGUCCUUUCACAUUAUGGACAUUGAUUUCACGUGUUUACUCCAAUCCAUUGGAUAAUGUCAGAUUCAUUAUUCCAUUUGUUGUUGGAAGUUUCGUUUUUUGUGUCUUUUUGAUUAUUCUUCGCAUGAGGAGCGAUAAUACAUUUGGAUUAGCAUCGAUUAUUGUUUCUAUUCCUUGUCUUGUUUUCGCUUUUAUCGGAACUCUUUUGAUUAUUUUACACAAAGAUUAUUAUGGACUUAUGAUCAUGUCAUUUUCUAACGGCAUUGGACUGUUACAGUUGCCUUGGCUUCCUUAUUACGAAACAAGAACUCGAAUGAGACCAAAAACAUUUGGUUUUUAUUGGGGCUUGUAUUGGCUUUCCACAUCAAUUUCUUCAGCGAUACUCACUAAUCUUAGCUUAUAUCACUUGUCAUUUGUAUGGCUUAGUAUCAUUCUUGUAAUAAUUAUCUUUUUCUCACUUUAUCUCACUUUCUUCAAACUCGACACAUGCCAUACAAUACUCUGA